GGCAUAACAGAAACAGAUCGGAAAAUGGCAUCUAUAGUGCGCUAUAUUUUUAAGUCUAUCCAUGAUGCAAUUAGUGCCUUCUUCAGAUUUUUCUUCCCAAAGAAACAGCCUGCAAUUACUCUGAAGGACCCUAAUGUGAAAUACGCUCUCAAACUCAUAGAUAAAGAGAUUGUAAGUCAUGACACUCGCAAAUUCAAGUUUGCUCUUGAAAGCAAAGAUCACAUUUUGGGGCUUCCCAUUGGACAGCACAUUUAUCUGUCGGCAAGGAUAAAUGGAGAGCUUGUUGUAAGACCUUACACUCCAGUUUCAAGUGAUGAUGAUAAAGGAUACGUGGACUUGGUUAUAAAGAUAUAUUAUAAGGAUGUCAAUCCAAAAUUCCCUGAGGGUGGAAAGAUGUCCCAAUACUUGGAAAGCCUUCGUAUAGGCGACUGCAUUGACUUCAGAGGUCCGAGUGGGCUGCUUGUUUACAAAGGAAAGGGAAAAUUUGCCAUCCGUCCUGACAAAAAAUCUGAACCAGAAAUAAAAAUGAUCAAACAUCUUGGAAUGAUUGCUGGAGGAACUGGAAUUACUCCUAUGCUUCAGAUCAUCAGGGCAAUCUUGAAGGAUCGAGAAGACAAAACAACAUGCAACUUGUUGUUUGCAAAUCAAUCCGACAAGGACAUUUUGCUGCGAACAGAGCUUGAUGAAAUCGAUGAUGAGCGAUUCAAAGUUUGGUACACCCUUGAUAAGGCUCCCAAAGACUGGGAAUACAGUGAAGGCUUUGUCAAUGAAGAAAUGAUCAGAGAUAAUUUGCCACCACCAGGAGAAGACACUCUGAUUCUCAUGUGUGGGCCUCCCCCCAUGAUUCAGUAUGCCUGCAACCCUAAUCUGGAAAAGCUCAAAUACGAUAAGAGCAUGACUUUUACCUUUUAAUUUACAUUUGUAGUGCAGAUGAAUUUUGCAGUAUUCAUAUAAUACCAGCAACAGGUCACUCUUAAAUAAAUGGCAGUGAUGAAAAUAUAUACAUAUAUGCGUGUGGCUGAUUUUUGUAAUUUUUGAACAUGCAACAAAUUAAAAAAUAAUAAUAAUAAUAAUAUAUAUAUAGUUACACAUAAAACCAAUUCAUCACUUUUAUGGAAGAUGAAAUGUUGUCAGAAUCAUGCACAACAAUAUACAAAGAUUACUGUAUGUUAAUUAAAAUAUUAAUUAUUUUAUUUUGUCCUUGCAACCAUUUUACUGAUUUUCUGUAACUGAGAAUACAAAGGUGGACUCUUUUGGCAACAAAUGAUUAAAACAGAAUUCAGAAAAACUAUGUAUUGAUGCAUUGAAAAAUCAAGGUUUGUUUUGAUCAGCAUUUAAAUGUUCUCAGAAUUAUGCAUAACAAUAUACAAAAAUUAAAUAUGAAGUUUUAUUUUUUCCUUGGUAAUCUAUAUCAAAUAAAACCUGUUCGGUAUGUUACAGUAACACUUUUGUAUACCUUUUUGACCCUGGUGUGCAUAAGGGGAGCCAAAAUUUCAAGGCAAAAGCAAAAAUUAUAAAUAAGACCAAAGAUUUACCCAUCUUGUGAUUAAAAUAAGAAAACUUUAAUAUAAGUGAAAACUGCAGCCUAAUUCUAGCUUGAUUGUACAGAUUGUCUUUAUUUGGGAGAUGCAAUAAGUCAAGAAUUAGAAGUAAUUUGAGGUGGUUUUUUUUUUUAAUCCAUAUGCAACUAUGUUAAAUAUUUGUUUCUGUAAGCUGCGUUUUGCUAUGACAUCAUUCCACAUUGUUCUGCACUUUAGAAUUUGUAUUAACUGUGGACCAGAAAAAUGUUCAUGUUAGUGAGUUGAAAUCAGACCUUAAAGGAGAAUAUACUGCUGAUCCUAAUUUGAUUUUUAUGUAUGCAUUAUCAGUUUGUGUAAUUGACUUCAUUUCCUUUAACCUUUUUAAUGGCUAAUAUCAUUCUAUCGGUCUGAGCUAACUGGUGCAACAAUUUGUUUCCUUUUGAAUUAUAACAUACCCAAGGAUGUUUAGUAUACUGUAUAUUGUAUAUUAAUCUAAUGUGGGAAAGUAGUUUACAAAAGCUGGCCUUGACAGUGUCUUCUUCAGAAUUAUUGUAAUGCAAAACAACAUAAAUUAUUUAAUGUGCAUAGUCAUACAGCAUGUAAAACCAACUGUUUGUGUUUAUGGAAGUUUAAAUGUGCUCAGAAUCUUGUAAAAGGUAUCAAUGAACACACAAAGGGGGGGCUGAAAGGGCUAACACACUUCUCCCACUGUGACGUCCCCCUCUAAUGAAUAAAAAAACAUACUUAUGCACUUUAACUAGCAUCUAAAAAAAAUGAGCAGCAUUAUUUUUUUUUAAAUAUACUGUGCUCUUCAGGAUUGUGGGUCAGUGCUUAUCCUGGGAGAAUGCUAUGCGUUAUUUAAGUUAAGUAAGUAAAAUUUGUAAUGUCAUCUGUGGAUGUAGAUUUCGAAGUGAAUUAGAGAAAGGAGCAAUAAAGAAUUUUGACAUUUUGAUAAGUUGUACUUUAUUAAUAACAUGAUGUAAUGAUAUUGUGCUUAAAUUAUUAAACUUUGUAAAACUUCAGAUCAACAUGGUGGUAGCAAUUGAAUGUGUUAAGGAAAGUGUGGAACUAACUACAGAAGAAGCUAGUGAUGGAAUUUGUGCAUAGUCGUUUCGAGUUGCACUGCAUGGUAUUUAUGUGUACAGUCGUGGCCAAAAAAUUUGAGAAUGACACAAGUAUUGGUUUUCACAAAGUUUGCUCCUUCAGUGUUUUUAGAUUGUUUUCUCAGAUGUUUCUAUGGUAUACUGAAGUAUAAUUAAAAGCAUUUCAUAAGUUUCAAAGGCUUUUAUUGACAAUUACAUUAAGUUUAUGCAAAGAGACAAUGUUUGCAGUGUUGGACCAUCUUUUUCAAGACCUCAAAUUUUGGGUCCAUGGCCAGGAAACUCCCCAGACCUUAACCCCAUUGACAACUUGUGGUCAAUCCUCAAGAGGCGGGUGAACAAAGAAAAUCCCACAAAUUCUGACAAACUCCAAGCGUGGAUUAUGCAAGAAUUUGCUGCCAUCAGUCAGGAUUUGGCCCAAAAUUUAAUUGACAGCAUGCCAGGGCAAAUUGCAGAGGUCUUGAAAAAGAAGGGCCAACACUGCAAAUAUGAAUUCUUUGCAUAAACGUAAUUGUCAAUAAAAGCCUUUGAAACUUACGAAAUGCAAACUUUGUGAAAACCAAUUCUCAAAACAUUUGGCCACGACUGUACAUUGGGUGCCUUGUUUUGGCAUUCCAAUGUCCUUUUUUGACAUGGACAGAGCACACAGUAACACCAUAAGUUUAUACAGCAUGUCUAUAAAGAACGGGCUCUUCACAUACCCAGUGUUCUCUUAUGUUUAAUGUAUUGCUUUCAAAAAUCCCAAGUAUUUAUGAUUUUCUUGCUAUAAAGUUACAAUAUAUUGUUCACUAUUACCUAUUUUCUGACCCAGCAUUUCCCAGAGUAGUGCUGAGUGAGCCUUAGAUGGGAGCCCCAGCUCAUCACAGUGAAGUGAAGAGCUAUGUAACAUGUAAACAUCCAUCAUAACCAACAGGCUCCGCGGCCUCUCUCAGUUCUUUACAAAGCUGAAGAACAUACAAAUCUCAACUGUCUGAGGCUUGUGCAGGACCUUUGUAGUGUACACUGCACAUGAGCAUGUUGGCAAACGUCCAUCCCUGGGUAUUAGUGUUUUUGAGAUUAAUGUAAUCGAUUUACAAAUCACAGUGAAUAGUUCCCAAGAUGAGAAAAAUUCACAAGUAUUAAAUGUCCUUAUAAUUCAAGCAAACAAAAUAAAAACUAUAUAUAUUUUGUUUAUUUCAGCUUUUCAAACAUAUAUUUUCCUUCUAUAGAUAUUUUUGGAUCUGCUAUAUCUUUAUGUAUUAAAAGUGCCAAUGCAGUGAUAUUCUGUGCUCAUAUAUAUAGUGGGACACUUGUGGAAUGAUGCAUAGCAGAACUGACUAUUACUUUACUAGUUACUGCACUUAUAAUUAUAAUCUUGUAUUUAACUGGCAGGUGCAUACUGUGUAGUUUUGCUGAGCAACUACAAUAGAUAACCAUUCUAUAAGGACUCUUUCAUAUUGCUUUAAAAGUGUAUAGCUUUUUAUGAUUAUUUUUGAACUUCUUCUAUACAAUGUAUUUUACAACUGAAGUAUGAAAAGAAGUAUAUACCCAGAUGCAAAACAUGGUUUUACAGGAAAACCUCACAAGUAGAUCAAAUAAAUUAGCUCCCCAUCUGAAUCUUAUUUCUGUAUUAGCAGCAGAAUUUCAGCUUUUUUGUUUUGUCUUGCAGUACUUAGUAUCACUUUUGAAGUAAUCUUUUUUUAUGACAAUUAUAUAAGAUAAUCUGAAAUAUUACAAACAUUAGAUUAAUCAUGUUUGCUGGUCCUAAAGGUUUAUUACAUUAUUGGCUGUGGAUUCUUAUUAUUAAAGAUCAUAAGGUGCAUGCAUGUGAAAAAGUAGCUUUUCUUUACUUUCAAAGAUGUAUUCAUGGUUUUCUUGGGUAUUUUCGGGACAAUAUAAAUACUUUUUGAGAUAUGCUUUGUAUUUUAUUUCAUUUUAAAAAUAAAAUAUGUAUGAGUGCAUAAAA